CCGAAGGCAGGGAGGGAAGUAGCUCUGAUCUUGGAGAGCAGGAGGAGGAAGGCUGAAGCGUGCCCAGGACUCAGGACAAAGAAAGAGAACGAGACCUCGCUUCCUGUAAGGAAGAAGGAGAAAGUCUGUUUAUCCAGGUCCCCAAAGAAGAAGAGGAGACCUCAGCAGCCAGGCCUCAUUUCCUGUUUGGAAGAAGGAGAUCUGCCUAACCAGGACUCCAAAGAAGACGGGAAGGACACCUCAGCAGCAGGUGAUGUGCAGGAUCGUGAGGAUUGUAUGGGGCCAUAUCAAUGCACAGAGCGUAGAAGGUGCUUCAGAGAGAAUGCCAAGCUUACUUCACACUACAGAACUCACACAGGGGGGAAGCCAUAUGAACAUACAGAUUUUGGAAAGAGCUUCGGCAAUAAAGGAAAGCUUUGUAAACGUGAAAGAAUCCACACGGGAGAAGCCUUAUAAAUGUAUAGAAUGUGGAAAGAACUUCAAAACUAAAGGACACCUUUAUCAGCAUCAAGCAAGCCACACAGGGGAGAAACCAUUUAAAUGCAUGGAGUGUGGAACUAACUUCAGGACUAGAAGAAGCCUUUAUAAACAUGAUGGUUUAUAUCACAGUGAGAAGAAACCACACCAAUCUCCAUUCUCCAGUGAAACACCCAUGAAUUGCACUCUAGUAGAGUAACAUGCAUGGUUUGCUAAGAGGCACAGCGGCUGCCAGGGGAGAGGAUCUUCGCCAUGUCUACGGCUAUGAACUUCGGGACUGAAAGCUUCAAGCCGAGGCCACCAGACAAAGGCUCUUUCCCUUUGGAUAAUUUCGGUGAAUGUACAGCAUUCAAAGAAAAAUUCAUGAAGUGUCUGAAGGAGAAUAGGUUUGAGAAUGCUUUGUGCAGACAGGAAUCAAAAGAAUAUUUAGAAUGCAGAAUGGAGAGGCAACUUAUGUCCAAAGAACCGCUGGAAAAGUUGGGAUUUAAAGACCUAACAGAAGAGAAAUCAGAAACCCAACCUAAGACUUUGUAAUGAAGAGAAAGGAAAAGGGAGAAAAUCCUGACCAUCUCUUAUGGAAAGCAGCAAAUCUUCAGUAGUACAUAUUGUGCAUUGUAUAUUUCAAAUGUGAUUGCAACAUGAAGUGCGCCUUCAAAGAAAAUGCUGUAACUGUUGGCCAAAUAGAAGAGUUACAGUGCAAACCUAUAUGCUGUCUACUCAACAAUAAGUCUCAUUGAGUUUAAUGGGGCUUACUCUCAAAUAAGGGGAUAGGAUUACUGCAAUCCUAUCACCAAUUUAUUGGGAGUAAGCCCCAGUGAACUCAGUGAGAAGUACUUCUGAGUAGACAUGUGCUGAUACAAAACAAGCCUCCCCUCUGAAUAAUGAAGUUUUGUAGGAGAUACAGUAAAUGGUUUUCUUUAGGGGUUUGGGGUGUUAAUGGUUACUUUUUUGUUUUUAAAUAAUUGUUUUAUUAUGUUCAUAAUGUUGAAAAGUUGUUUUUGGUUAUUAUAUUUGUUAUGUCACUGUUUUAUUAUUUUUUGUUAUUAGGAAAUUGUUUUUGCAAUUGUUUUUGACAUGUAUUUUUGUUCACCUUGUUGUAAGCCGCCUUGAGCACAAUUUUAUGUGGAAAGGCGGCAUACAAAUAAAAUGAUGAUGAUGAUGAUGAUGAUACCUGCAGAGUCUUUUCAUUGCCCCCCCACAAGGCUUUCUAUGUCCU